UCCGCCCGCGAAGAAUCCUGAAAGAAGAGGAUAGCACAUCGGCUGGUCAACCCUAGGAUACUUUAGCCCCCUACGUCGCAUUACCAUCUGUAGUUGACAGGUUCAAAGCAACAUAGAAUCAAGUGUUAUGGAUGAACCAUGAAGGCACAAUUACAAGUCACAGUGCUCUCAGCCAAGCUAAAGGAAAACAAAAAGAACUGGUUUGGUCCCAGUCCUUACGUUGAGGUAGCUGUGGAUGGCCAAUCAAAGAGGACAGAGAAAUGCAACAACACCCACAGUCCCAAAUGGAAGCAGGCCCUCACUGUAAUUGUGACUCCAGUCAGCAAACUAAUCUUUCGUGUUUGGAGUCAUCAGACACUGAAGGCAGAUCUUCUGUUAGGCAUGGCUACUCUAGACAUCAGCUCUAUCCUCAAAGCCAAUGACCUUAAAUUGUGUGAGGUGGUGCAGACGCUGCAGCUGUCCUCUGACAGAGACCCUCAGGAUAACGUUGGAGACCUCUCAGUCUGUCUGGAUGGUUUGCAGGUUGACCCAGAAACCUUUGCUCUGGCAGAGAGGAAUCAAGUAGCUCCUCCAAAUGGAAAUGCAAAACCAAAUGGCAAUGCAAGCAACAGGUCAAGCAGGGACACGUCUCCAUCCAGUGACUCUGAUGACUGGGUAAUUGUACCCAACGGUCUCACCGUCACUGGUAGAAGUUCUCCCUCUCCGUCUCCAGGGGGCUCCACCUCCUCACGUCCUCCCAGGCCUGCCAGACCUCCUCCUUCUAUGCCGCAAAAACCUGCUGCCUCACCAAGCUCUUCCAGUAGUUCGUCUCCCAGUGAACUGAGUGAAGCCCCACCGUCUGACGGCUCCUCUCAGGCAUCUGCAAGCGGGUGUUCAGACCAGCCAGAUGACUCCGCUGCACGAGCAGCAUCGGCUGUUUCCCCACAAACGAGUGUUCCCAAACCAGUGGGUGCUGUAACAGCGGCUCCAGCUACAACGGCUCCCAGAAUCAACCCCAUUAACAAUGCCCCUCUGCCACCAGGGUGGGAGCAGAGAGUGGAUCAGAAUGGACGGGUGUAUUAUGUCGACCACAUUGAGAAAAGAACUACUUGGGAAAGACCUGAGCCUCUGCCUACAGGCUGGGAGCGUAGAGUUGACCCAAUGGGUAGAGUUUACUAUGUUGACCACAUAACAAGAACCACAACAUGGCAACGGCCCACUCAGGAGUCGGUGCGGAACUAUGAGGAGUGGCAGAACCAGCGCAGCCAGCUUCAGGGAGCAAUGCACCAGUUUAACCAGAGGUUUAUUUAUGGGCUGCAGGACCAAUUUGCAGCCACAUCUAAAGAGUUUGACCCACUGGGACCACUGCCUCACGGCUGGGAGAAGAGGACAGAUACCAAUGGCAGAGUGUAUUUUGUUCAUCAUCCAACUCGGACAACGCAGUGGGAGGACCCAAGGACGCAGGGACUUCUGAAUGAUAAACCCUUACCUGAAGGUUGGGAGAUGAGGUUCACUGUGGAUGGCACCCCCUACUUUGUAGACCACAACCGGAGGACCACAACCUACAUUGACCCCCGCACAGGGAAAUCUUCCCUCGAGAACGGCCCACAGAUCACUUAUGUUCGGGACUUCAAAGCCAAAGUGCAAUACUUCAGGUUCUGGUGUCAGCAAUUAUCGAUGCCUCAGCAUACCAAGAUUACCGUCUCCAGGAAAACCUUGUUUGAGGAUUCCUUUCAGCAGAUAAUGAGUUUUCACCCGCAAGAUCUGAGGCGGAGACUGUGGAUUAUUUUCCCUGGAGAGGAAGGCUUGGACUACGGAGGCGUAGCCAGAGAAUGGUUCUUCCUGCUCUCCCAUGAAGUUCUAAAUCCCAUGUACUGUUUGUUUGAGUACGCUGGAAAGGACAACUACUGUCUUCAGAUCAACCCUGCUUCUUAUAUCAACCCGGAUCAUCUUAAAUAUUUUAAGUUCAUAGGCCGCUUCAUUGCCAUGGCUUUGUUCCAUGGAAAGUUCAUUGAUACGGGUUUCUCGCUGCCUUUCUACAAGCGGAUUUUGAACAAACCUCUGGCUCUUAAAGACCUGGAAUCCAUAGAUCCAGAAUUCUACAAUUCACUUAUUUGGAUCAAGGACAAUAAUAUAGAGGAGUGCGGUCUGGAAAUGUUCUUCUCUGUUGAUAAGGAGAUCCUGGGAGAGGUCAGCACUCAUGAGCUGAAACCAGAUGGAGGAAACAUUCCAGUAACUGAGGAAAACAAAGAGGAAUACAUCAGGUUGGUGGCAGAGUGGAGGCUAUCCAGAGGGGUGGAGGAGCAGACCCAGGCGUUCUUUGAGGGCUUCAAUGAAGUUCUUCCUCAGCAGUACCUGCAGUACUUUGAUGCAAAGGAGUUGGAAGUAAUGCUCUGUGGGAUGCAGGAAAUCGACCUGGUUGACUGGCAGAGAAACACCAUUUAUAGACAUUAUGCUCGAAGCAGCAAGCAGAUUCUUUGGUUCUGGCAGUUUGUGAAGGAGAUGGACAAUGAGAAACGAAUGAGACUCCUGCAGUUUGUAACGGGAACCUGCCGCCUUCCUGUAGGAGGCUUUGCUGAUUUGAUGGGAAGCAAUGGUCCACAGAAGUUUUGCAUUGAGAAAGUAGGAAAAGAAAACUGGCUUCCGAGAAGCCACACAUGCUUCAACCGUCUGGACCUCCCUCCUUAUAAAAGCUAUGAGCAGCUGAAGGAGAAACUCAUGUUCGCCAUCGAGGAGACUGAAGGCUUUGGGCAGGAGUAAAACAUCAAAAACUCCUGAUUUUUAUCAUGGCAACCUGCGCAUGGAACAGAUUGAAAGAAGCACUUUCAGCAGUUUCUCUCUGCAGUCCAGAAAUGCUUUCUCCCUGGUAGAAUCUGUCCUAAUAGCAUGUAAACAAAAGAAUAGAAAGUUGUUUAAUCAUAGGUUCAUUUUUUUAACAAUGGACCUGUAAAUCUUCCACACCC